AUGUCUGAAGAACACAACCGUCCGUAUAACACACGCCCACAACAACACCCGGACCGUAGCAGGUACCAGAACACUCGCGACACGACCCACGGGUACCAAGGCAGACGCGGUGGGUACCACCACCACCACAAUAACAACAACGGUGCUGGGUACUACCACGACCAGCGGUACCCUCCACCAUCGUACCACUACCGUAACGACUACUACUACGACUCGCAGAGACCGGCGUACCGUGGUGGAGGGUACCACCAGCAACACUACAGCAAUCGAUACCAAUACAGGAACAACGACACUUACUACAGUGAGCCACAACAGCCACAAGAAAAUUACACUGAGCGAGUUGACCGCGCAGCGGUCAACUCACCACCGGAGGUAAACCCGACCCAGUACACCCUCCAGCCUGUGUUCGAACUAACAAGACUCUCCGAACUUGACGGCACAUCAGACAUCCCACCACUAAACGAUGAGAUCGACACCCAGCUACAACAACUCAAGCUAAGAAUCACAACUACAGAGCACGAGCUGUUGCAACUGACCGCGCAGUGCGCACGUGACGCGCUCAACGUCUCGCAGACGCAGGAAAAGCUGAACGCCUUGCUUCUCAGCUGA